AUGGGACUACGGGAGCAAGACGGAAAGCUAGUCUUUACCUACGAUGCAGAGAAGCUCUGGGUCGAACCAUGGGGACCUAAUUCAUUCAGAGUUCGGGCGACCAAAGCCCGUGAGAUGCCUGCUGAGGACUGGGCCUUGCUCAAGCCCAGGAAGGCAAAAGUCGAAAUAACUAUCGAUGACAAAGUCGGCACAAUCAUCAAUGGCAAGAUCAAGGCCUCCAUCAGUCGUGGCGGAAAGCUAUUGAUGUGGAACUCUAAGGGGGAAUUGCUGCUCGAGGAGUACUCCCGCCACCGGCGAGACGUCCUGGACCCCAAGUGCAGCGCUCUUGAUGUCGAGGCUCGCGAGUUUCUCGCCAUCGUCAACAGCAACGACUACCACCUCACAGCAAGAUUUGAAAGCGUCAAUGCUGAAGAGAAGAUCUUUGGCAUGGGGCAGUACCAGCAACCAUUUCUGGAUCUCAAAGGUCACGACCUUGAGCUUGCGCACAGAAAUUCCCAAGCUAGUGUUCCAUUUGCCGUCUCAUCGUUGGGAUAUGGCUUUCUGUGGAAUAACCCUUCUGUCGGCAGGGCAAUUCUUGGUCGUAAUAUCAUGAGCUUCGAGGCCAAGUCUACUCGCGCCCUCGAUUACUGGAUCGUGGCCGGUGACACGCCAGCAGAAAUCGUCGAGGCCUAUGCCGAUGCCACCGGCAAGGUUCCUAUGAUGCCUGAAUAUGGUCUUGGAUUUUGGCAAUGCAAGCUACGUUACCAAACUCAGGAGGAACUACUGGAAGUGGCGCGCGAGUAUCGGAGACGCGAGCUGCCUAUCGACCUCAUUGUUAUUGACUUUUUCCACUGGCCGCUCCAAGGAGAGUGGAAAUUCGACCCGACAUAUUGGCCCAACCCAGACGCGAUGAUCAAAGAGCUACAGGAGCUAAAAAUCGAGCUGAUGGUAUCAAUUUGGCCUACUGUUGACCACAAGUCUGAAAACUGGGACGAGAUGGUAGAAAAGGGCUAUCUUAUCCAAUCCGAUCGAGGUAUCCGAAUCGCCAUGAACUUCCAGGGAGACACUACCCAUUUCGACGCGACAAACCCUGGCGCGAGAGCCUAUGUCUGGAAGAAGGCGAAGAAGAACUAUUACGACAAGGGCAUCCGUGUUUUCUGGCUUGAUGAGGCCGAGCCUGAGUACACCGUGUACGAUUUCGACACGUACCGCUAUCACCUGGGAUCCAACGUCUCCAUUGGCAAUAUCUAUCCGGUCCAAUAUGCACGCGCCUUCUAUGAAGGUAUGGAGGCAGAAGGACAGGAGAAUAUUGUUAACCUCAUUCGGUGCGCAUGGGCGGGAAGCCAAAAGUAUGGUGCCCUUGUUUGGAGCGGUGACAUUGCCUCUUCCUGGGGAAGCUUUCGAAACCAGGUCGCUGCUGGCCUCCACAUGGGUCUCUGCGGCCUUCCAUGGUGGACCACUGACAUCGGAGGCUUCCAUGGCGGCGAUCCGAGGAAUGAGGAAUUCCGUGAGCUUUUCGUCCGCUGGUUUCAAUGGGGCGCAUUCUGUCCCGUCUUCCGCCUACACGGCUGUCGUGAGCCAGAGCAGCCACAGCACGGUACCACUGGAGGCGCAACUUGCCGCAGCGGUGCACCUAAUGAAGUCUGGUCUUAUGGCCCCCAGGUCUUUGAAAUUUGCAAGAAGUACAUGUUCCUCCGCGAGGAAUUACGUGAGUAUACCCGGUCUCUAAUGAGGGAGGCACACGAAAAGGGAACUCCUGUAAUGAGGACACUCUUCUACGAGUUCCCAGACGACAAGGCAACGUGGAGCAUCGGCCAGCAGUACAUGUUUGGAGACAAGUACUUGGUGUGCCCCGUGUUGGAGCCUGAAAAGAGAAGUAUUAAGGUUUAUCUGCCUACUCUCGAGGGAAGGUGUAAGUGGAAGCCGCUGCUUGAGGGCAACACGAAUACCUAUGAGGGUGGCAAGUGGCUUGAUAUUGAGGCGCCUUUGGAGUGGAUGCCUGUUUUCAAAAAGGAGUAA